UUCAUAGAAAGGCAUAAUUUGGUUUGAUUGUAUUGCUGGAUGAUUAUGAGAUUCUUCCGGGUGUGUUUAUGUGUACCCAGCAAAAUGCCCUUCGUAAUGAGCACAACGAGAAAAGAAACGUGUCACUCACCUGGAUACGUUUUGAUAUCAGAAACAUUUUAAUUAAUCGUUUCCUUCCCCCGCCUCUCAUUGAACAAGGAGUCAUAAUUAAACGCAGCAUUUUCGCCUUCGGCUGGAAAUGGGUCCAUGUCUCUUGGCUGAAAGAAUGAAGUUUUUCUUACUUGAUUAAUAUCUCAGAGUGCGUCAGAGAGCCGAGGGGCCAAUGGGAGAUGGAAAAGUGGAGAGGAUAAGUCGGCGGUUUUUAAGAAGGUCAGAAGCAACAGAUGUCGCAAAAGAUACAGCAAGCCGUCCAAAGCAGCACAAGGUAAGAAAUAAAAAAGUAGGAAUUUUUCUUCUCUGAGUUCUUGCUGAGUUUGCAGUUUCUUCUCAUUCCUGAGUUUAAGAAUUUUUUUUUAACAUGUUUGACUUCAGAUGUGUUAACAAAACUCAUUUCUGUUUUCAGAUGAGACUGUCUUUAUAUCUCGGUGCCUCACAUUUCUCGCUUCUCAUCCUGGCUCUUCUCUGCCCCAUCCCACAAACAGUCACAGCUUAUCCCCACUCCUCCAACACCUUUUUCCCCUUAAGGAACAGGCGAGAGCUGGAAUCUGUCCUCCAUGACCUCCACUCUACUCUGCAGAACCACAGGCACCCGAAAUACUUGCCUGGUUGGGUUGAAGACGUUCUGCAAGCCCUACUAGAGUCUGAUGAGCAGGAAGAGGAAGGAGAGAUGGGUUGGGAAGGAGAGACACUACUGAGGACGCAGAGAGGGGAUCUUGUUAACCUGCCACUGUUGCCCUUCCCAGGGGAAAACUUUCUGGAAAGCACGAACUAUCAGGAGGGAGGAGAAGGAGAGGAGGGCUGGAAGAGGACCGAUGCUCUGACCUCCAUAGCUGGAGGACUUCAAGCUGUCAGUCGUGAGAAAGGAGGAUUUGGUUUUCGAUUUGGGAGGAAAAGAUGGACAGAGAAGGAAAGAAGGGAUGGAGGUGUUGGAAGACAGAGGACAAGAGAAAGCAACAAGAGGCGUUUCAAAUGGAAUACAAGAAGAGACUAAGAAUAAAAGAUUUUUUAAGCAUCCAAUAGUGGUGAUUCGCAGGUGUUUGGUUUCUGUUAGUAACAUAGAUGGUGACUAUAAAAUGCUUUAAAGGCAAAAAUCCCUUUAUGUGAUUCUAGGUAAUUAAUAGCUGCAUAGAGCUGCCUUUAAGUCACACGCCGAGCAAUAAAGCAGAAGGUCUUAGAGAAAUAACAUGUGUGGGCAUUUCAUGAUCACCAUAUGACGAAUAAAACUACACUAAUGAGAAUAAACAAUAAAUGGUAAUAAGAUGUUUUGGUGACAUGUGUGUGUGUGUGUGUG